UUUCUAACAACAUAAAAACACGGCAUUUUCUACUAAUCAAUCCGCUUUUGCUUACCAAUUCUACAAUUCAAACCCAUCACAUAUAGUAUAUACAUUAAACCAAAGACUGAAACGACACCUAUACAUAUUCAACUCCAUUCACCAAAGGAUAAUAUCAAUCUCAUCUCUAUUAUUACAUCCUCCACACCAAAAGGAACAAAGCAAUAUAAUUUGUACUUGAUUUUUCUUGAGCCAUGCCGGAAUCCAACUUGAACGGAGCCUAUUAUGGCCCUUCCAUUCCGCCACCAGCAAAAUCCUAUCACCGCCACGGCCGCGGCAGCAGCUGCAACCCAUGUAGCUGUCUCUUUGGCUGCCUCUGCAAUUGUUUUUUCAAAAUUAUCUUCACCCUUCUAAUGAUCCUCGGAGUCAUUGCAUUAGUUCUAUGGCUCGUUCUUCGUCCUAACAAAGUCAAGUUCUACGUGACCGAUGCUACGUUGACUCAGUUCGAUUUGUCCACCACAAACAACACUAUUUUCUAUGAUCUUGCUCUUAAUAUGACUAUUAGAAACCCCAACAAACGUAUUGGAAUUUACUACGAUUCAAUUGAAGCUAGAGCUAUGUAUCAAGGCGAGAGGUUUGCUAGUACAAAUUUGGAACCAUUUUAUCAGGGUCACAAGAAUACUAGCAGCUUGCGUCCAGUAUUCAAAGGUCAGAGCUUGGUUUUAUUGGGAGAUAGAGAGAAAUCCAAUUACAAUAGUGAGAAGAAUUUAGGGGUUUAUGAGAUGGAAGUGAAGCUUUACAUGCGUAUUAGGCUUAAGGUUGGUUGGAUCAAAACACAUAAAAUUAAGCCAAAGAUUGAGUGUGAUUUCAAGGUACCUUUGGAUUCUAGUGGCAGAUCAUCAUCUGCUAAUUUUGAGGAAACCAGAUGCCAUCUUGAUUGGUAGUUUUCUUCUAUUUUGGCAGAUCGUCUUCACAUUUCGAUGGAGCUUGUUUCUGUUUCUUCAUUAUUGUUUUUUUUAUAUGUUGUAUUUCCUGAUCUAUUCUUUGGAUAUUCUUUAUUAUGGGAUUUCUAUCCCUUUUGUUUUCCGGCGUUUAGUGUUCAUUGAUAUACAUGGUACCAUCUUGUUAUAUUUGGAUAUGGUUGUACGUAAAUAAAUUAUGUUGUUAAAUAAAAAGUCGACGUUUUCCA